AUGAGAGACUUAGCUUCCAUACAUCUAUGUGAUAUACCUGCCACUAGACCCAGAUCUCAGAUCCCCAUUAGAUUUCACGCAUACAAGGCAGUUUUAACAAUACCUAAUAUGACAACUUCAAUAAGUAAUGAGAAGUACAACCACAGCAAACUCAACUCUGGUAACAACAGAACCCAUGAGUCAAAACUACAUCAAUACAAGACCAAAUUGAGAGGCUUGUUAUUGGUCACUAUAUUACUAGCAUUGGGCUACUUUUAUUUUACACCACUAUCCUUAUCAUCGAUAUCCUGGCCAUCUUCCUCAUGCCUACAAUCCUUCUUACCCUACCGUCAUAAUAGCAGCGGCAUCAACAGUACCAACAUAAAUUUAACUAUGUCUGCUCACGCUUGUGCUUCAGGAUCAACAACACCACUUGUCACUGCUACUACAAUCACAACCACUUCUAUUUCAGAAGACAACAACAACAAUCUUGAACAAACUUUGGAUUCCCAUAGUAUACACGGAAAAAAGGGCAAAAAAAGUAAAAAAGCUAAACACGGGAAGCAACAGGAGAGACAAGAAAAGAGAGCUGAGAACAAUUCAACUAGUGAUGGAUUUGGCGGUAGUAGCGAUAAUGGGUUUAGCACUUCGUUUGGAUUUAGCCAAUCUUCAUCAACUUCAUCCCUGUUUCCAUUUUCAACAAGCUUGUCAUCAUCGUCGUUUUCGUCAUCCAGCUCACCAUCUUUCUCAUCAUCGUCUUCAACCACUUCAUUUGGCUCAUCAUCAUCAUCAUCUCCGUCCUUUAGUAGUAGCUCAUCGUUUGGAACACUGAGUGACAGCUCCAGCUCCAGCUCCUCGUCGUUUUCAUCAAGCAGCUCAUCACCCUCGUCAUCAUCCGCGUUUGCUUCUGAAACCGGUGAAUCCUCAUCCAGCUCGUCGUCAUCAACAGAAGCACCGGAAACCACAUCAGAGACAGAAUCCAGCUCGUCGUCGUCGUCGUCGUCGUCAUCCUCCUCAUCAUCAUCUGAAACAGACGACACUGCCUCCUCAUCCUCGCGUCAUGUAACAACGUUGAGUUCAGUCGAAAAUGGUAAAACAGUAGUUGUAACUCAAACAUCAUUAGUUUCUUCACAAGCCACCGAAACUGGCAAUGCCGACAGCAGCAACAACAACAAGAACUCCAACGGUGGUGGCGGAUUAUCCCAAACCAACAAGAUUGUCGUUGGUGUAGUUGUGGGAGUAGGUGGAGCCAUUGCGAUUGCACUUCUUGGACUUUUGUUUUACCUCAAGAGAAGAAACAAUCGUGAUCCAGAAGCAGGAUGGACUUUUUGGAGAAAGAAUGAAAAAUUGGGCAGUGAUGAGUUUUUCAAUGGUGAGUUGGGUGUUAGAGAUAGGAAUAUUAAUCAAGGCUCAAACUUUUAG